UUCCAGAAUGGUUAAAUUUGGAUAAGAGACGAAAAGAAUGGAUGAUAGUUGAUUGUGUAAUUACCAGAAUUUCCAGUAUUUAUACGGAAAGAACCGGGUGGAACGAGUGGUGACGUCCUGAAUUUGGCAUGUUCCAUCACAAAAUUAUUGCUCCUAGUUCAGUUAAUAUUGUUGAUUGAAUUAAUAUAAUUGAUUCAUUCAUUAGCAAAAUUCAUUCGUUAUGCACAUUGGUGAUUUGAAACGAGCAGUGGAAGAUGUUGUUUUGCGACCUGAUGAUAAUCGGCUCAGUGAUAUGGAGGAACGUUCCACGAUCGCUGCUCUUGACCUAUGCCAGUUAGGACAAGCCCAGGGAACUCUUCCACGAACCUCAACCUCAAGUCAAAUACAGCGACAACGAACUGCUACAACGCUUACAUCAUCUUCCUACAGUGGUGAAAUGCUUGCCAGUUCAACGGAAAGUACUUGUAGUACUUCGAUAACAACUUCUAGUAGCCAUGUUCAAGGAGCUCCACCACUAAGCAUGAGCACAUCUUUAGAUACUAUGGUAGUGCUACGACAAACUCUAUCCUCCCGGCCAUCUUUAGGUACGUCAAGACGUUCAAGUCGUGUCCUUCCACAUUACAGUCACAGCAAGCGAAAACGUUCAAAUUCAGUAUCGUCAUGUAUGAAUAAAGGCUUUUUAAUACAUCAUGGUGUGGCAAGUACAGCAGGUGUUAGUGCAACGACAACCGGUGGUGCGUCUGCACUUUCUUUACCACCAACAGCUCGGCAUACUCCCUUCCGAUUCGGUGAUUUUGAUGAACAUUCUUCUACGAAAUCUGCAAGUGGUGAUAAUCCCCGGACCCCUUACACCACGAAUCUUAUUGAACCAAUGCUAGAAAUUCGCAUUCAGCAGCAGAAGCAGCAACAUCAGCCACUGAUAUCUGAAGAAUGGACAAAUAUGUGUAAGGAAAGAAGAAACGAUCGAGGGUAUCAACAAUCUGGCAAGUUUGAAGAUAGUAUGAUAGCAAAUCGACAAACGGCAAAUAAUUGUGCACCGAAAUUAUUUCCCGUAAGCUCAUUUACUGAAUUUCGUGAAGCACAUAAAGGUUACGAUUCAGAUAAUGAAGAACAGAUGGAAUGUGAUUAAAAUAUUACUGUAUAUAGAAUGAUGUACAUUCCACCGCUUCUAAUGCUUUCAGUUCGCGUAAGAUUAUGAAUUGCAUGAUUGGUUAUUGGCAACACAGUGGUGUAACUUAUUUGAGCAAUUGCAGAUGG